AUGAAGUUGGUGAAGGAGGGCAUGGGUCCAAGUGAGCUUUUCAGGUUCUUGGUUGCUCUGUUCCUCGGGUACCUGGCAUCAGGAAUCCGAAGGAGAAUCACUAAAAUUGGUUCCAAGGGUGCCAUUUUCCAGAAUAGGAAACUGAGGACCCAGAGAAGGAAAUUAAAUUGGCCAAGAUGGGAUAAAGGUGCCCAGGCAGCCCUUGUCUUCAUCAAGGAGCCAUCCUCCCAGGAUGCACUGCAGGGGCGCCGGGCGCUGCUCCGCUGUGAGGUCGAGGCCCCAGGCCCGGUGCAUGUGUACUGGCUGCUGGAUGGGGCCCCCGUCCGGGACACCGAGAGGCGUUUCGCCCAGGGCAGCAGCCUAAGCUUUGCUGCUGUGGAUCGGCUGCAGGACUCUGGAGCCUUCCAGUGCGUGGUGCGGGACAACGCCACGGGAGAGGAGGCCCGCAGUGCCAACGCCUCCUUCAACAUCAAAUGGAUUGAGACUGGCCCUGUGGUUCUGAAGCACCCAGCCUCAGAAGCCGAGAUCCAGCCACAGACCCAGGUCACACUGCGCUGUCACAUUGACGGGCACCCUCGGCCCACCUAUCAGUGGUUCCGAGAUGGGAACCCCCUCUCCGAUGGCCAGAGCAAUCACACGGUUAGCAGCAAGGAGCGAAACCUGACCCUCCGGCCGGCCAGCCCGGAGCACAGUGGCCUCUACUCCUGCUGUGCCCAAAACGCCUUUGGGCAGACUUGCAGCAGCCAGAACUUCACCUUGAGCAUUGCCGAUGAGAGCUUUGCUAGGGUAGUGCUGGCGCCUCAGGACAUUGUGGUGGCAAGGAAUGAGGAGGCCAUGUUCCACUGUCAGUUCUCAGCCCAGCCACCCCCGAGCCUGCAGUGGGUCUUUGAAGAUGAGACUCCCAUCACUAACCGCAGCCGCCCCCCGCACCUCCGCAGAGCCACUGUGUUUGCCAAUGGGUCCCUGCUGCUGACCCAGGUCCGGCCGCGCAAUGCAGGGGUCUACCGCUGCAUAGGCCACGGGCAGAGGGGCCCUCCCGUCAUCCUUGAGGCCACGCUUCACCUGGCAGAGAUUGAAGACAUGCUGCCAUUUGAGCCACAGGUGUUCACAGCUGGCCGCGAGGAGCGCGUGGCCUGCUUGCCCCCCCAGGGCCUGCCGGAGCCCCAUGUGUGGUGGGAGCACGCGGGAGUCCGGCUGCCCACCCACGGCAGAGUCUUCCAGAAGGGCCAUGACCUGGUGUUUGCUGGAACCAUCGAGAGUGACGCUGGCGUCUACACUUGCCAUGCAGCCAACCUGGCCGGUCAGCGGCGACAAGAUGUCAACAUCACUGUAGCCACUGUGCCCACGUGGCUGAGGAAGCCCCAGGACAGCCAGCUGGAGGAGGGCAAGCCAGGCUACUUGCAUUGCCUGACCCAGGCCACGCCCAAACCCACAGUCAUCUGGUACAGAAAUCAGAUGCUCAUCUCAGAGGACUCGCGGUUUGAAGUCUCCAAGAAUGGGACCUUGCGUAUCAACAGUGUGGAAGUGUAUGAUGGCACAUGGUACCGCUGUGUGAGCAGCACCCCAGCCGGCAGCAUCGAGGCCCAGGCCCGCGUCCAAGUGCUGGAAAAGCUCAAGUUCACACCACCGCCCCGGCCGCAGCAGUGCAUGGAGUUUGACAAGGAGGCCACGGUACCCUGCUCAGCCACAGGCCGAGAAAAGCCCACUAUUAAGUGGGUUCGGGCAGAUGGGAGUAGCCUCCCCGAGUGGGUGACAGACAACGCCGGGACCCUGCACUUCUCCAGGGUGACCCGUGAUGACGCCGGCAACUACACUUGCAUCGCUUCCAAUGGGCUGCAGGGCCAGAUCCGUGCCCACGUCCAGCUCACUGUGGCAGUUUUCAUCACCUUCAAGGUGGAGCCAGAGCGCACGACCGUGUACCAGGGCCACACAGCCCUGCUGCGCUGUGAGGCCCAGGGAGACCCCAAGCCUCUCAUUCAGUGGAAGGGCAAAGACCGCAUCCUGGACCCCACCAAGCUGGGACCUAGGAUGCAGAUCUUCCAGAAUGGCUCCCUGGUGAUCCAUGACGUGGCCCCCGAGGACUCAGGCCGCUACACCUGCAUCGCGGGCAACAGCUGUAACAUCAAGCACACGGAGGCCCCCCUCUAUGUUGUGGACAAGCCAGUGCUGGAGGAGUCCGAGGGCCCAGGCAGCCCUCCCCCCUACAAGAUGAUCCAGACCAUCGGGCUAUCUGUGGGUGCUGCUGUGGCCUACAUCAUUGCCGUGCUGGGCCUCAUGUUCUACUGUAAGAAGCGCUGCAAGGCCAAGCGCCUGCAGAAGCAGCCGGAGGGCGAGGAGCCGGAGAUGGAGUGUCUCAACGGUGGGCCUUUGCAGAACGGGCAGCCCUCCUCCGAGAUCCAAGAGGAAGUGGCCCUGACCAGUUUGGGCUCUGGCCCUGUGGCCACCAACAAACGCCACAGCACGACUGAUAAGAUGCAUUUCCCGAGGACCAGCCUGCAGCCCAUCACCACACUGGGGAAAAGUGAGUUUGGGGAGGUGUUCCUGGCGAAGGCGCAGGGCGUGGAGGAGGGGGUGGCGGAGACCCUGGUGCUUGUGAAGAGCCUCCAGAGCCGAGACGAGCAACAGCAGCUGGACUUCCGGAGGGAGUUCGAGAUGUUUGGGAAGCUGAACCAUGCCAACGUGGUGCGGCUCCUGGGGCUGUGCCGGGAAGCCGAGCCCCACUACAUGGUGCUGGAGUACGUGGACCUGGGAGACCUCAAACAGUUCCUGAGGAUUUCCCAGAGCAAGGAUGAAAAACUGAAGCCACAGCCCCUCAGCACCAAGCAGAAGGUGGCACUGUGCACCCAGGUGGCCCUGGGCAUGGAGCACUUGUCCAACAAUCGUUUUGUGCACAAGGACCUGGCCGCUCGGAAUUGCCUGGUCAGCGCCCAGAGACAGGUGAAGGUGUCGGCCCUGGGGCUCAGCAAGGACGUGUACAACAGCGAGUACUACCACUUCCGCCAGGCCUGGGUGCCACUGCGCUGGAUGUCCCCCGAGGCCAUCCUGGAGGGUGAUUUCUCCACCAAGUCGGAUGUUUGGGCCUUUGGCGUGCUGAUGUGGGAGGUGUUCACCCACGGAGAGAUGCCCCACGGCGGGCAGGUGGACGAUGAAGUGCUGGCUGACUUGCAGGCUGGAAAGGCUAGACUCCCACAGCCUGAGGGCUGCCCUUCCAAGCUCUACCGCCUGAUGCAACGCUGCUGGGCCCUCAGCCCCAAGGACCGGCCGUCCUUCAGUGAGAUCGCCAACACCUUGGGAGACAACCCUGCAGACAGCAAGCCGUGAGGAAGGAGCCCAGGCAGGCUGUGCCUCAGGAUGGCAUGGGCAGGGGAGGAUUUCUUCAGGGGCGCCCACAGCAUGAUGGGCAAGAUCCCUGUCCUCCUUGGCCCCAGGAGCCCUUCCCUGGGACCACAGGCACUAUUAAGGUCUGGGCAGGGCCUGGACUUUCCUCCUCUCCCUUAUCCUCAGUCCUGGGGCAGGCUGAUUCAGACCCAGACUGAGUGACUAGGGCCUUGAGCUGGGCAGCCUUCUCUGCCACCCCUUCCCCCAUCAGGGACAGUGUGGGUACCUCAGGUAACCCCAGUUUCUGGCCUGGGUCUCCUCCCAUUGACCAGGUCCAGUUCUGCCACUCACCUGCCAAGUUGGCCCAGGGAGGGCUAGGCUGGAGAUGAGCCGGGUCUGAGGGCAAUUCCUUAAUAUACUCAAGUUUCUGGAUAGUUCUGGUCCCUGGGGCCUACCCUGGGCUUUGCGCCAGGAUUACGGAGGAUGUGCCAGUGAAUCCUCCCCCCCCCCCCCCCGCCCCGUGGACUUGUGCACACUGACCCAGACCCAUGCUUCCUCCCCACCCUUCUCCCCUUUCCUCAUCCUAAGUGCCUGGCAGAUGAAGGAGUUUUCAGGAGCUUUUCACACUAUAUAACCCGCCCUUUUUGUAUGCACCGUGGGCGGCUUUUGUAUGUACUUGCAGCGUGGGGUGGGGGGCAUGGGAGGGAGGGGUGGGCCCUGGAGGAGGUGGGGAGGGUGGGCCACCCCUGCCUCACACCUUUAUUG